UUUUUAGGUAUGCUUAUGGUGGUGUCAUUAAUCUUGAUAAUAGAGAGGCUUCAGAUAUUAUGAAUCUUUUAAUUGCUUGUGAAAAAUUCAAACUUAAAGAAUUAUAUGAUUAUAUUCAAGAUUAUCUUAUCAUACAUCAUCAAACUUGGCUUUUUCAAAAUCUUCUUUUAAUUCAACAAAUCGGUUUUAAACAUCCUGAAUUUAUUAAAUUACAAAAUUAUUGGACAGAAACAAUUUGUGAACAACCAGAAAUUUUAUUCAAUUCUACCGAUUUUAUAUCUGUUGAUAAAAAAGCGUUAUUAUCUCUUUAUAAAAAUGAAAUUUUAUGCAUGGAAGAAAAUGAAUUAUGGGAUUAUAUUAUUCUUUGGGGGAAAGCUCAAAAUCCUGAAUUACCUGAAAAAAUUUCUAAUUGGACAGCAAAUGAAUUUAAUAUUUUAAAGAAAACUAUCGAUGAAUUUAUACCUCAUAUUAGAUUUUAUGAAAUUCCUUCUGAUGAUUUUUGUUUCAAUAUUAUGCCUUAUGGUUCAAUGAUUUGUAAUGAUUUAUAUCAAGAUCUUUCCCGAUAUCAUUUGGUAUCAAAUUGGCAACCAAAAUUUAAUAGUCUUAAAUCAAGAAGAAUAAAUUUAAAUCUUUCUAAUAUACCUAUCGAUUCUAAACUGAUUAACGGUGAACAAGCAGCAUUGAUUUCUUCUUGGAUUCAAGGAAAUAAUGAAAGCAAAAUAUCAAAAAAAUAUAGUAAGGCUAAUCUUGAAUUUCAAUUACUUGCUCGUGGAAGUCGUGAUGGAUUUACGGGUGCAUCAUUUCAUAAAAUGUGUGAUAACAAAGGUCCCACAAUUACAAUUAUAAAAUUAAAGGGUGAACCUUCAAUUCUUGGAGGUUAUAAUCCUAUUAAUUGGGAAAUUAAUAAACAUGGGAAUUAUGAAAAAACUUCAGAUAGUUUUAUUUUUAGUUUAGAUAAAGAAAUAACUUUGUCUCGAGUUCAAAAUUAUGAUAAUGCUAUAUUUCAAAAUAAAAAUGGUCCUAAUUUUAAUGAUUUAACGUUACGGGGAACUUUUAAUUCAACGAAUGGUGUUUAUUAUGCUAAAUAUAUUUAUGAUCAAAAGAUACAUGCUAAAGGAUAUUUUAUUGCAGAUGAAUAUGAAGUUUUCAGUAUUAUUACAAGGAAGAAGAAAAUAAUUAAAUCAUUGUAGGGAGAAUAAAUAUAUAUAUUUUUUUAGUAUUUUAGAUUAGUUAAUUUUGUAUAAAUAAAUAUAUAUAUAUAUUAAAAAAAUAAAUAAAUAAAACGUUUAUAUUUAUUGCAACAAAGACGCACUUAAUUAUGACUUAACUAGUUACAUCACAUAAGUUUUGCAUCUCCAAUCCUCUAAUCGCUACCAAUUUAGGAAAAAAAAAAUGUACUUAAAUAUAAAAAUUUAACGCUAAAAAAAA